GGAAGCUUCCCACAUGAUAUUAAGAAAACGGUAUCCCUAAACAAGCACAUAUUACAUAAAAACUAAUGCACCGAAUUUCAGACUACUUACGCACAACUCUGUUAAUCUGCAAUUGAGAACUUCCCUUCCUCUUUACCAUGGAUACAGAUCUGGUGGUUGAAGCUUUUAUCUCGGCCUCACUUCAGGUGUUGUUUGGUAGUUUGGCUUCUCAAAAGUUCGUUGACUUCAUAAAGAGAAAGAAACUCAAUGAUAAGCUGCUGUACAAGUUGAAAACUUUGUUGUUGUCUGCUUAUACUGUAAUCGAUGACGCUGAGGAGAAGCAAAUCAGGAAUCCAGCUGUUAAGCUAUGGCUUCAUGAGCUCAGAGAAGCUACCUGUGAUGCAGAGGACCUGAUAUACCAAAUCAACACUAUAGCCUUGCGCUGCGAGUUGGAAGGUGAACAUGGAAGCAGCUCAAGUCAGGUACGGAGUAUCUUCUUUCCUUGGCUCUCUAGAUUUAACAACAAAAUAGAACCCAAACUUGAGGAGAUUCUUGAUAGGCUAGAAUAUAUUGUUCAAAGAAAAGAUGUCCUUGAUUUGAAAAAAGUUGUUGACAAAAGAUCUUCAACGAGAUUACCCCCAACUCUAGUAGAAGAUUCUGACGUUUAUGGAAGGGAAGGUAGCAAAGAGGCCAUUGUUAGAUUGUUGGUAUCAGAUGACUUAGGUGGGAAUAAGAUAUCUGUGAUUCCCAUAGUUGGUAUGGGUGGUAUUGGCAAGACCACUCUUGCUCAGCUCGUUUACAAUGAUGCUAGAGUGGUCAACAACUAUGAUCUCAAGAGAUGGAUUACUGUUUCAGAUGACUUUAAUGUUUCUACAUUAACAAAAACAAUUGUCGAGACAGUAACUUCCCAGACAUGCAAUGUCAGGGAUCCAUAUCAGCUUCAAGUUAGAUUGAAGGAGGUUCUGAAGGGGAAAAAGUUUCUUUUUGUUUUGGACGAUGUAUGGAAUGAGGAUUAUGAUCUUUGGAGUGCAUUAAAGAGCCCUUUUGAAUCUGGAGUAUAUGGAAGUAAAAUCAUUGUGACAACAAGAAAUGAAAAUAUAGCAUCCAUGAUGGGUACAAUUCCAAAUCAUAACGUGGAGCUACUAUCAAAGGAAGAUUGUUGGUCUAUAUUUUCAAAACAUGCAUUUUGUAAUGCGGAGCCAAGUGCCCAUGCAGAUUUAGAAAUAAUUGGUGGAAAGAUUGUUGAAAAGUGCGAUGGGCUUCCUUUAGCAGUCAAAUCACUUGGUGGUCUCCUGCGCUUUGAAUUAGAUGCAACGGAAUGGGAAAAUGUGUUAAACAGUGACAUAUGGGAGUUGGCUGAAAAAGAAAGUAAUAUUCUUCCAGCACUAUGGUUGAGCUACCGCUAUCUUCCCCUACAUCUAAAACGUUGUUUUGCCUAUUCUUCAAUAUAUCCCAAAGGUUGGAGCUUUACAAAAGAAGAAUUGAUUUUACUAUGGAUUGCAGAAGAUCUUUUACCACCCCAUCAAAGAAAGAGUUUAGAGGAAGUAGGAGAUGAAUACUUUAACGAGUUAAUAUCAAGAUCGUUGUUCCAUCGAUAUGAAACAAAGAUUUCAUUGUUUGAUGGUGGAUAUGAAACAAAGUUUUCUAUGCAUGACCUUAUCAACGAUCUAGCAAAAUUUGUUUCUGGAGAAUUAUCUUUGCGGCUGGAUGACCACUAUUCACAUGCUCUUGUAGGAAAGACCCGUCAUUUGUCAUAUCGGAGAAGCAAGAGAUAUGAAAGCAAGAAAUUGGAGAAUAUAUAUAAAAAUAAAUGUUUGAGGACUUUCUUACCAUUAGGCUAUCUGUUUCCAGAAGAAAGGUUCAAAAGGCAACAAUUCUUGGUAAAUAGUGAUGUAUUGUCAACAAUGCAGUGCUUAAGAGUGCUCUCUGUACCUGAAUAUUCUACCACAGGGUUGCUUGAUUCAAUUAGCAAUUUGGAACUCCUAAGGUAUCUGGAUUUAUCUAAAACUGCACUUAAAGAGCUACCUGGGACAAUUUGUACAUUAUACAAUUUGCAGACAUUAUUAUUGAGAGAAUGUGAGGAACUGAUUGAGUUGAGUGAUUCAAUUGGUAAUUUGAAGUGUCUAAGGCAUUUGGAUUUAACUGAUACCAAAAUUAAAGAGAUACCUGACACAGUAUGUGGCUUGUACAAUUUGCAUACACUAAUAUUGAGCAGAUGUUAUCGUCUUGAGAGAUUACCAAGCAACAUAGCAAGUCUAAUAAAUCUGCGUCAUCUUGAUCUUGAAUAUUGUUAUGCUUUGGAUGCGAUGCCACCGCAAAUAUGUGGCAUGAAAAGUUUGCGAACAUUAACAGGUUUUGCUGUUGGCAAACAACAUGGGUGCUACAUUGGAAAAUUAGGACAGCUUCUAAAUAAAAGCAGAAAGCUUUGUAUCACAGGGCUUGAAAAUGUUGUUGAUGUUAAAGAUGUUUUGGAGGUGAAUUUAAAGGAGAAAAAGUACAUAACUAAAUUGAGUUUGCUGGGGAGAAAUCAAACCGACGACUCACAGAAAUCAAGAGAAAUACUUGAAGGGCUGCAACCUCACACAAAAAUUGAGAGAUUAGAGAUUUCUGGUUAUGGAGGCACAAGAUUCCCAAAUUGGGUAGUAGAUGGUUCCUUUUCUCAUCUAGUACAGCUGAUGCUUCGUAAUUGUGAAAAUUGUUAUGAGGUACCAACGCUGGGACACCUACCCAAUCUUAAAUCCCUUGAAAUUGGAGGAUUUAAUUUAGUGGAGAGAAUAGGUGAAGAAUUCUAUUCAAAUGGUUGUCGUUUGACAAAGCCAUUUAGAUGUUUAGAAACUCUGCGGUUUUCUGGUAUGCCAGAGUGGAAGGAGUGGUUAUUUGUUGUGGCCGAUCAAAAUGGAGGCGGAGUUUUUCCUCUUCUUCAGAAACUUUGUUUGUUUAAUUGUCCAAAGUUAAAGGCGGAAUGCUUACCUGAUUAUCUUCCAUCUUUGACGAAACUUUUUAUCGGGAGAUGCGAACAACUAUUGGGUUCAUUUCCAAGGACUCAACAGUUGGACUCCGCAGUUCCACGUCUUCAGGAUAUGCUGAUAUGGGAUUGUUCAAUGGAGUCCAUUCAAGAUCGGGAACUACCCUCUAAUUUAAAACUUCUGUUAUUUUUUAAUUGCAAAAAGCUGUUUGCACAACCCAUGCAAUGGAAACUGCAAGGACUCACCUCUCUCACGUCCUUGAAUAUCGAAGGAAGUGAAGAUACGGGGGAUUCAUUUCCGGAGGAGGAGGGGCUGUUUCCUACCUCUUUGACAUUACUUCGAAUUUACGAUCUUCCUAAUCUGAAAUCAUUAAACGGCAAGGCAUUUCGACACCUCACAUCCCUAAAAACUCUUUACAUUCGCAAGUGCCAUCAGCUUCAGGGUUUGCCAGAAGAAGGUCUACCCACUUCUCUAUCCAACUUGGAGAUCGAAGAUUGUCCAUUGUUAACUCAACGUUGCCAGAGAGAGACAGGGGAAGAUUGGACCAAGAUUGCUCACGUCUCUAGUAUAGUUGUCGAUGAUGAAGCUAUAUAAUCACCAUUCUGCAAAAUGUGUCGUGCAGAUAAGGUCACAACUACAUCAGACGACCGCCACUCUCGCUUGCAACCACUUUCAAGGUACACUCCUGAGGUUGCUUCUGUCCGAAGAAUGUGUUAAUCUCGUCGCAUUUAAGCCGGUGAGUUCAACAACAGAAAAAGGAUCAGCAAAAGAGGUUCUCCGGGCUAAAGCCUCAUUCAGAAAUGGAAAGAAAGCAUUUUAAAUUGUUGUAUGGAAAAUGUAAUAAUUACAUGUUACUCUCCAAUGUUUUGAGCAUGAAAAGUGCUGGGAACAUGUGGUCCUGCAUGAAGCAGCAGCAGCUGAGCAAAAUGGAAUCUUCAUACCUGCAUAAGUCAGCACGUCACUCUCCUGUAUGGUUUUUCCAGCAGAAUUAAAUAAUUUGCAAAGCAAGUGUUUAUAUUCUUCUUUUUUCUUUUUCCUUCUUUUUUUCCUUUGUAUAAGGACGAAUUUCUUAUUUUCAGAAAGAAUGUGUCUCUAAAAACGUAGUUUUAUAUCUUGUCCUGAAAAUAAAUGUACGAAAAAUUGGUAUGCAGGCUAGUCUAUAUGUUCUUCUAAUUAGUUUAUCAUUAUAUUA